GAAAAUUUAUUGUAAUAGCUUUUAAUCAGAUUGAUGUUGUUCGUCUUCUUGUCAAUACGAUUUUUAGCUUUGUUUUAUAGAAAACCCUUGUUUUGUGAUAAUGAAAACUUGCAUUUCAAUUAUUUUCAUUGCUCUUUUGGUCAAUUGGACAUCCGCUGAUACACUUACACUAGAAUCAAAACUAAAGACCUACGAAAAAUACCGGGAAGAGUGUCUCAAUAGUUUUCAAAUCUCGGAAUCCGAGUUGGAAAAAUACAAAAGCAAUACUUUUGAAGAUAGUGUCUACGAUAAUGCCAUAGGACAUUGCUUCAUAAAAUGCUUCCUUGAGAAGAUGGGAGUUUUCAAAAAUGACACCGGUUUUCAAGAAAAUCAUAUAUUUCAUGAAACAAUUGGUGGAUUUAUUCCAGAUCAAUCUAGACAAUUUCUAACUAAGAUUGAAGAGUGCGCUAAGAAUGCAAAUCAAGAAACGAAUACUUGUAAGCGUGCUUAUGUGGGAGUUAGUUGCAUUGUUAAUCAUUUAAAAAAAGUUUUCAAACCAUUUGAAGAUCUUCAAUGAAAUAAAAUUCAAUGAA